AAAUCUCUAUUUUCAAACUAAAACCGGUGGGUCAUCAUCCGCAUCCAGCAGCCAAAGAGAAAAAUUAGGCAAUCUCUAUUUCGCCGCAUCGUUUUUUUCUUCAUCUUUUCUCCCCCUUCCAUCUCUUACGUCCCUCUUUUUUUUCCCUGAAGUUUUCCGAUUCCGGGGAGAAACCUUGUACUGUAAUAAUUUGCGUUUCCCGGGAGAAUUUCACAUCAAUUUCUCUUCCUCGUCCUUUUCCGGGAAUUUCCAUACCAAUUGUGUAUUGUGAUCGAGGAUUGGGAAAAUUGGCUUAUCUGUUGAGGGACAUGCGUUGCUUAUAAUUGAAUAGGAAGGGGUGGAGCUAUGAUCUUCUUAGGCUGAUUAUAUAUUUGAGAUAACUAUUUAUAAAAAAUAAAAAUAAAAAAUUCAUUGUUUGGGGUGUGGUUGAUUGCGCAUUACUCCAUGGAUUCUGAAAACGCGUCCCCAAGGUCAGCUAGUCCGGUCAAAUGCUGUGAUUGUGGGUGCAGCAGCUGUUCAAAGAUGGAGGGAUCCUUUUAUAGCACGUGGGCCCGCAACAUGAAACGCAAGUACGAUGAGCACGAUGUCAUCUUACCUCAUACGGCACGUAUUGACAUUGAAAAUGAAUGUGCCGCCCUCCGUGAGAUGGUCAGCAAGCAGCAACAGACAAUAUUGGAUUUGAGCAUUGAAUUGGAAAAGGAGAGAAAUGCGUCCUCGUCCGCAGCUAAUGAAGCAAUGUACGGGUAUGGGCUGUCAAACAACAAUGCAGGAUUGCUAAUGCUACUAAACAAAGGGCCGUGCGUGGGCCAGUGGAGAUGUCUUUCAAGCACUCAACUCUGAAAUGUCUUAUUCAUCAGCGUUGUUUAUUUGUGGACCCUCCUAUUGUGGGAUCCCAACUGUUGUUGUUGUAUUUCGGGUGACUUACUUCUUGGCAUGGUUGAGGCAGUGCUGCUUUCAUUUUCUCUCCCCAUCCAAACAAACUAUUAUGCGUGUGGGCGGGCUUUUAUAGAAAAGGGCUUACUCCCAUGUCGAGAAGAGUAGACUCUUUCCUUUGUCCAUAACAUUUGUGCAUGUUUUUUCUGUACGCCCCAUAUUGAAUUGAGGAUGAAUCAAAUGUUAUUAGGUAA